AUCCAUCCAUCCAUCGCUAUUUACUUCCCACAGGCAAGUAGUGGAGUUCGAUUCAGGGGUUCAGCCAUGGCAGCUCCGAGAGCACUCGUCCUCGGCGUCCUGCUGCUGAUCGCCGUCUCCAACACCGAGGCGGCGUCCGUCGUCGUCGGCAUGGCCAAGUGCGCCGACUGCACCAGGAAGAACAUGAAGGCCGAGGAAGCCUUCAAGGGUCUUCAGGUGGUGAUCAAGUGCAAGAACGUCUACGGUGACUAUGAGAGCAAGGCGGUGGGUGCCCUCGAUGGCACUGGCGGCUUUAGCGUGCCCCUGGCCGCCGACCUCCAUGGCGCCGACUGCAUCGCUCAGCUCCACAGGCCACAACGCCACCUCCAACGUGUUGUUGGUGAGUUUAAAGACUGA